AUGAAGCUGUGCAUGGAGUGCGGCGCGCUCAAGGCGCUCACUGAGGGCAUCCCGUUCUACGUCAGCUUCCUGGUCGGCGACGGCGAGGGCGACCUGUGCCCUCCGCCCGGCACACCGCACCCUGCGCUGGACGCGCUGCGAGCCAGCCUCGGGGAUGCGACCGUGUGGUGCGUCGACUGGCGCGACCACGCGGCGGCCUGGGGGCCGAAGUUCUUCGGCGGCAUCUCCGCGCUGGCGGACGGCCACCGGGGCACCCAACGACCCAGACACCCGCCACAACUCGCAGCCAGGCGCUGA